AUGGCCUCUUUACUCCGGCAAAAACUCGACUUGUUCCUAGGCCUGGCUAUUGUGAGAGAGUCACCGGCAGUGUCCGACCAGCAGGAGGAAUUGUGGGUGCAGGGUCCAGACGCCUGGUCUACUUACAAUGGCGUGCAAGAGUACAUACUCCCUGUACCAGAACCUCUUGUCCUGAAGCCUCGGCGAGCAGGGCGACAUAACCCAUGGCCUCACAAUUGGGGAGAUUCCCAAUUCUUUAGGAACUCCAGACCACAGAUGGGAUUUGUCCAUCCAGUCAAGCUGUUUCAGGGGCUAGAACAGUGA